UCCAAAGUGUAUGGAUUGGAUUCGAUGAAAAUGAUGAUCCAAAUGGAGAAGGAAGAUGGCAGGACAUCGAAUAUGAAGAUGUCCCCCUUUACUGUACUUACUGCAAACACCAAGGUCAUACUCCUCUUGCUUGCCCCGUCAGCAGAAGAGAUACAGAACGCAACAAGGCCAAAGACAAGGAAGAAGAGCCAAAGAAAGAUGCGUCGCCAAAAAACACAGGUAUGAUCUCUACUCCUAUUGUCUUAACUAAUGCUAUAAGUUUCAGGCAACAGGUACCACUAGAAGAAACCACCACCACAAAUCAGGAAGGAAGUCGCAAAGCACAGGAGGACUCAACCAACCAAAACAGGAAUCAAAUCUCAAACAACCAAUGGGAAACCCAAAAACGAAGAAACUUCAAAGGUAAGACUCAAACUGUGCAAAACACCCAAACGAUACAAGGCAACACUCAACAGCACGAGCAUCAACCAGGUAUUGACUCAAUGCUCCCAAUCCCCCAUGGCUCCCCCAGUAGUUUUAAUGUAUUGAAUGUUUUAACUGCUGCUGCUGAAGUAGUUAACGGAGGUGAGGAUGGUGGGAUUCAGGAGAAGCCAACUAACCUGCAGGAAGGGGUAUCCAGAGGGGGGGUUGUGUCUCAUGUUUUGCAUGAGAACCUUAUGGUUGACCCUAGGAAUGACUUUAGAGCUCCUGCUACCACUUCACAUAUUCAGCAUUCUUCUUCCCAGCAUGUUAAUAAAAGAGAUUCUGUUGAUGCUCAAAAAAUGGCCUCCAAACUGCCCCCUGCUGUGACCAUUGGAUGUGAGACCGCAGUUGAUUCUGGAAGGCUUUCAAGUCCUUCUUUGAGAACUGAGCAGCAGCAGUUCAGGAGUGUAGAUGUAGGGGCAAACUAG